AGAGAUAGACAAUGUAGCUAGCAUGCUCUUACUAGUGCCAUAAUCUGUGGCCUUAAACUGUACAGUAGGUUACUCAAUUGAGAUUAGUGCGAAUGAAAAGAUCCUCUAUUUGCCAUGACUGUGCUUUAUGAAAACUGUAGGUGCAGGUGACUCGAGAUGUAAGGGUUUGACCAGACUCGUUGACGUGGACAUGUUUGGCUUCUAGACUGACUUUGGAGUAGUCUUUCAGAACGUAGUCGUUGUGUUUUACCACAUCAUUUCUGCGUUGGACUCUCGUCUUGGAAUCUGAGAAGAAUACGAUUGUAUUUGCUGGUUCAACAUCAACAUUGGGUAUUCCUUAAUGUAUAUAUAACAUAUACAUUGGGUAUAUUUGGAGUUUUACUAAAAUAGGGCUAGAGCUGUGCGACUGGCCAGGAAAUGGAAUCCAAUUGUCUUCGACGUGUGAUUUUAUUAUUGCUGAUAGGCUGGACUUUCUGUGCUGAAGAGACUGAGUUCUACUCCUCUACAGAUCACAUGAUGGAACUGCUUGUCAUUGAGCGGAGCCUCAUCCAGAGCCUCAGAGAUUUCAUCACAGCACAGAAACAAUGCAUAGACGGAUUUAACAGUGUUGUUGAAGCCUGUGAAAAUGCCUCUGGAGACUUCCCAGAGUGUCUGGAAAAAUACAUCAGCAACCCUUUCACUGCAUUCAAGCUGGUGCGAAGACUGAGGAUGGAACGGAACAUGGUGGAACAAGUUACCGAGACAUGUUCUUCAUAUAUUGCAGAUUUCCUGGCUAAUGUAUCAUUGGUCUCCCAGCGGCUCCCCAGUGAGAAGGACAUGGAUGGGGUUGCACUGGGUCUUAUACGUCUACAGGACAUAUACAGACAACUGCAAAUCAUUACAGUGGAUGUGUCAGGACAGGUAAAUGUGACUCCCUUGGAUCCAGAUGACUCCUUCCACGUUGCCAUGGUGGCCCUACAGAACCACAAGUUCCAGUAUGCCCUGCUCUGGCUCCAGGAGACCUUCAGGCAGCUGGAGGAUGGCAUCCCAGCCCUGGUGACCAGGAGAGAGGUUCUGACCUACCUGGGUCCCCUAGCCUUUCAGAUGGGUAACCUGCCUCUAGCAUUGGAGCUAACGCAACAGUUGCAGGAAAUGGACCCCAGUUGCAUGCAGACCAAGGUGCACCUGGCCUACUACAGAACCCUGAGAGAGAGCAUCCGGUGUGGGAGCCAGACACAAACACCCUCAUUGCCCUCAGAUGCACCAGUGGACAUCUUAACACUAAUCAAACCAGCAAGCGAAACCUCAUACGAAUCUCUUUGCAGAGGGGAGGGCAUCAAAAUGACCCCGAGGAGACAGAGGACAUUGCGGUGCAGGUACAGCACUGGUAGAGGCAACCCUCGACUCAUCUAUGCCCCUAUAAAAGAGGAGCAGGAAUGGGACCAUCCACUAAUAAUACGCUAUCAUGACCUUGUAUCUGAAAGGGAGAUUGAGACCAUAAAACACCUAUCCCGAUCAAAGCUUGACAGAGCAAAGGUGUCAGACCAUGUGACAGGGGAAAGAUUUUCAGCUGAAACCCGUGUGGCUAAAAGUGCAUGGCUGGCUGACGAGGACAACCCUGUCAUCUCCCGUGUUACCCAGAGAAUGGCUGACCUGACUGGGCUGGACAUGGAGGCAGCAGAGAUGCUCCAGGUUGCAAAUUAUGGGAUUGGGGGCCAAUAUGAACCACACUUCGACAACAAGCUGACCAAUGACACAGACUACAUGACGAGGGGUGGCAGGAUCGCAACGAUCUUAAUCUAUAUGAGUGAUGUGGAAGUGGGUGGAUCGACUGUGUUCCCUGAUAUAGGAGCUGCUCUACGACCGUACAAGUUGCCAAUAAAUGGGUGCGGGCCCACGGACAGGAGUUCAGGAGAAGAUGCUCUUUGUCCCAGAUGGACUGAGACUGGAGCCAGGAUGGAUUCUCCCCUCAGUUUACCUACACAUUCCUGCACAUUUCCCCAUUGUUACUCUCCUUGGCCUCAGCUGGGCCAUCUGGGGGAGGGACUCACUGAAUCACACAAAAGCACCUUUCAAGUGUUUGUGCAGUGAAGCAGGACAAGAUGUCAACAAUACCAAGCUGACAUUUGAACUGUGUGGCAUUUUUUUUUUACAGUGAUUGUCGAAAAUGAUAUUGUUAGCGGGUAGUCCAUAGAGUAGUUUGCGUGAUUGAUUAGAUCCGCAUGAUCAAUUUAAAAUACAUUGUAGAAGACAGAGUAAUAAAAUAUUUGGACCAAGAA